GUGGCGGGGCAAAGAGGGCGCCCCACUUCUGCAUACAAGCCGGCUUUACGCCCGUGAAUUCACGCCAUGCGACGACAGACUGAGCAUGCCAGCUCGGUGGCAAAAAGGGGCCGACUUGCAGACCAGCAGUGUUCAGUUCGAUGCUGAUUCCAAACGACUGACAACUUCGAUUAGAGCGAUUCUGGCAACCUCGACAACAACAGCAGUUGAUGAACCGCGUAUGGUUGCAGUUUUGCAAAGAGCUUUGACGAAGUCCUGCAUGCGUGCGGAGGAUGCCAUACAGCGUUUGGAACAGUUACAAGCCUCGAUGCAGGGAAAUUUGGGACCUACAGAACUGGUGCACCACCUCCGGAAGGUGGGAAUCUUGGAGAACGAUGACGACCUUGACGAGACCAGCUUCUUGGAACAAGGUUCUUCAGAUGAAGUCUUCAAGCCCAAUGCGACGCCUCUGCAGCAUGAUCGAUGGUGGUUUGAGUCUGAUAUGGAUGAACAGUACAACUUUUCUGUUUCCGGUCGGACGAACAUCAUAACAAAUUCUGCUGUAUUGCAAUCAGUGCAUGUGAAUCUUACCGAACAACAGAAUCAUGCCGAUGUUGGACAAUUGGCUUCAAUGCUGGUGCAUGGCAGGCGACCGGCAGGUGAACUGAAGUCAAUGUCAUGGGUGAAGCGCCACAGACUUCACCUUGUGAUGGUUCUCAUCGGAACAACUGUGAUCAUAUCAGCCAUUUCUGCAAUGAAUCCUGGACAAAGGUUCAAUCAAGGUGGUCGUGCUGGCUACACUGCAGACGUUGGAGCGGCCACACUCAAAACACCUCCAGCGUGGUCGCUGGAAGGGUCUGGAUCCUACUCCUUGCGGUCCUGGCUUUCGGACGUGGUUCUAUGGGCAGGAGCCACAGAUCUUGAGCCGGAAAGGCAGGGACCAGCUGUUGCUUUGGUUGUGACUGGAGCAGCUAGGGAUCUGGUUAGAGAGCUUCAACCACAGGAGCUACGUGAUGGGAUUUGGGAACAAGGCACUCACAUCCCAGGUCUCAUGCUUCUUUGCAGGACGUUGGCACGACAUUAUGCACCUCAUGAAACUGAAGUUCAAACAAGAGCCAUGGCUGAGAUGAUGGGAUUUGCCAGACUCCCCAACGAAUCCAUUGAUGGUAGCCUUUCAAUGACAGAACAGCAGUUCAACCAGCUUCUUGAUCGAUUGCGACGAGUGGGUCACAUGGCUAAAGGACAAUAUCAGCCGCCGCAUCGACAAGGGGCCACUGGUGAUGUUGGUUCAUAUCACUAUACUUCCCAACCUUUGAUCAGCCGCAUCCGAUUCCUGGAACGGGUUUUGGACCUGACUAUGAAGCCUACUACAGAGGUCCAGCUGUUUGGGGUUCAGACAAUGAAGCAGCCGCAGCAUUUCAGAACCCAGAUGAUCAGACUGAACGACAGGUUUGUAAUCUCUUGGAAGCUCCAGUACAAAGGUGCAACAGCUUCUGAUGCUGAUUCAGCUUCUUCCUUACCAUGGUGGGAGACAGCAGACCGUGAUGAAGGUGUAGGACGUUUGGCCCAAACUGCUGAGACCGCCGUCACAGUUGACUUUGACUUGCCGAUGCCUGCACUUGGGAUUGAGCAAGGAACGAGCAGACACUUGCACCUCCAAGCCUGGGAACAACCACCAGUGUCAGACCAGCUCCAAUUGAACCAGCUGGUACAUCAAGUGCUGCAAGAUCUGAAGGUGCGACCAGUGCACCAAGCAAUAGUGAACCGAGAAAUGUCUCAAGAACACCAAGAGCCCGCGAGUCCAAUGGUGGACCGCCUGAUGCCGCAGGACCAGCCUGUGGUUCUGGAAACCGACGUGAUGACCGCAGGGACUGACAAAAGACAUUUCACCGCCAAGCAGUUUCAUGUUGCACAACAACAAGCCAUCGAAUCACUCAUGCUGUCCGAUGUGAUUCGUCAGUUAGCUCAGGUUGCCGAGGACACCAACGAAAAGAUGAGGCUCGCCACACUCGAACAGGUGGUGGGAGAGCUCGCAGGGGUCAUCAUCCCAGAGACCCUGCUGUUGCUGCAUCUAGAGAUCCAACUGCUAGCUUGCGAUUGCCCGCUGAAGCUGAUGUGCCAGUUGCUGGCGAAGCAGUUGAGCCUGGUAGGAUCUGACCCAGAUUUAAUUGAUGCAGCCGGUGCCUCCGGUUCUAGUGCAGCCAGAUCUUUAGCCAUAGCGAAUGAACCUGCCGAUGCUCCAGCAGCCGAUGGUGGUUUAGCUGCUCCCAACGCAGCAGAUGCCGAAGCCAUCAUUCCAGUAGCAGAUCAGCCAACUUGGCGUCGCUUUGACCUACGGACCUCACUUCAGUUGUUGAGGUCAGUAGGAUGUGCCGCGCUGGAAUGGCCCAGACUGUUUUGCGAUGAGUGUCUCUUGUGCUGGUGGGAGCCAGGUAACUUCCACAACUGGUAUCAUGCUUUUGCUGAUGGCAGCAAGGCCAUAAACUUGUCAACCUUGGGACACAGCGAAAACAUUGCCUUUGUUCAGUUCCUCAUGGAAGACGGUGUUGCGAUUUCUCACUUGCGGAAGUUGAACGCAGAAGUGCCGAAGAUGUUGACUUGGAUGUACUUCCGGACGAAGGAUGCUCCACGCCUGUGGAAUGCCGCACUGCAGCGUGUGCUGAGAAAAUGUGGUUUGUGCGCGGUCCAAACCGACCGACAGUUGUUUGUAAAGCAUAAGAAUGGUAAGCUGAUUCUAGCCCUCUCAGUCCAUGUGGACGAUAUCAAGAUGACAGGCCUUGAUGAUGAAACAAAAUCUGUGCUCAAAACGCUUUCUGAACACUUUGAUGAGUUGAUGUUAGAGUGUGACAACUUUGAGCAUUUAGGCCUUAAACAUGUCCUUGAGUCAGAUGGCUCUAGAAGUAUCAGCCAAGAGCACUAUGUGAAAGAGCUGCGCUUCAUUUCCGAAGCUGAAUGCCGAAAUGAUGUCGAAGUGUCUCCAACUGUCCGUUCCCAGUUCAUGAGUUUGCUUGGAGGCAUAGCAUGGACGGUCCAAACACGUCCUGACAUUGCAGUUUUCACAUCCGCUCUCCAGAGGUCUGUGUUUGACAGUAUCUCAGCCGCAGAUACCAAGAGUACCGCAGAUCGCCUCAUGCAUAUCCACGCCUUGAAGUUGAAAGAAAUUCUUGCUAUGAGGAUAGCUAACCGAAUGAUAUGGGUUGACACCAGAGAUAUGUUGUGCGAUGCCUUGAAUGAGGGCAAUGUUUCCAGAGAUGCAAUACGCAUUGCCUGUGCAACUGGUGUAUGGAGGAUCACCAAUGCCUUCAAGCAUGUCGAAGCAAGGACCAAGUCU